AUGGCACCUGGUCCUUUUAGACGCAAGCCCCUGGGGCUUGACGUGCCCCGCCCCGCUACGGUCGUCGAGUCGCCGCCUGGCAUUGCGGCCCUCUUCGUCAUUCGUUUCGAUAUCAAGGCCGGAUACGUGAUAUCGUGGAAGCGUACUGUUCCCGGGGUUGAAGUUGAAGGAGCUGUGGAGUACAAGUCGCUUCCAUCUGGUCUGCACAAUGUCUCAGAAGAUCUGGUAUACUUCGUCCACGAGCAAUAUGCUGGCAUCAGCGCGUUUGUCAAUUGGCCUGCUGAGGAAGCGGAGCGAAAUGCAAAGAUGUUUGCUAUCGGGGUUCUCGUCCCAUUAAGCUCCGGAAGGUUGGGGAAAAGCUGGAGACAUGCUCCCAAGCUCAAAGAAUUGGCGGCGAACUAUGCCGAGGAUAUGUCGAAUACGCAACCUUUAACAGAGUACUGGGAUAAUUACGAGAUUCGUGAAAGUGAUUCUUCCGCUAUGCCACCCGAUUCCCCCAUGGAGUCUCCUCUCAGUCUCCGGCUGCGGGCCCAUGGUGAUCUAAGAGAUGCCGUCCAUCGAACCCGCGCUUUCAGUGAUGCAAUCGUGUUGGAAACGCCCAGGCCGGCCCUGACGCCCUUCCACCCAGCUUCCUCGCUCCCUAAUUUUCUAGAUUCCUUCGGUCCUCUCCUAUUUCCUCUGUACAGAGCAGCACUGCUGCGCAAAAGGAUCCUUUUCAUGGCUGAGGCGCCAGUUCAAGAGCCCUGUAGCUAUGUGUACGAUCUUUCUUUAUUGGCCUCCUUACCUAAUUCGCUCCUUCCUUUACUGCCGCAAGACGGUUUACCCUCUCCGCGACCUCGCCCAUUGUUCAACGUCGGCAUUCAUGAUAUUCCUCACCUCUCGUCUUUUGUGGGCACUUCGGUCAAUGCAGAACAUGACGCAGCCUGGAUUGCAUGCAGCACAGACAGCGUUUUGACCAUGAAGCCUGAGCUCUUCGAUGUUCUUGUCACCUUACCUCCCGCUCACUCCAAGAACGCCGCAGAGAAGGUAUUUCCUACUAUUUCCAUCUUUCAUACGCAACCGCCAAAGGGCAAGACGCCCCAAUCUAUCGAAGUCAAAGCAACCCAGCGCGACGCACGACGUUACGCUACCCUUCGCAAGGGUCUUCGACACGUAACCCAAGAAGAAGAAGAAGCAGCAUCCACUGAAGCCGACGACGACUCGGACGCCGCCUCGACGUACUCAUCCAGUCCCAUUGUGGAACCUCUCUCAUGGACACGCUUGGCAUACACCUCCUUCAUAUGGUGGGCAUCAGCCGGCGAGAAGCGCGACGGUCUCUCCGAAGAAGAGGAAGAAGAGCACCAAAUGGAACAGGACACGCGCCUGCUAGCCAGUGUAGAAACUCUUCCCAGCCCACCCUCUGGAUCUCUCGGCCGUCGAAGCAUUCAAGCGCAGGAGUCGACCCAGCCGCCUGAAAUUGCCCUAGUCGCGUACUUCCGUCGCCUCACAGCCCAAAUCUUCAUCACUCUAUCCGACGUAGUUGCCCGGCACGAUAGCCGCAAUUCCCCCGAUGACGAUGAAGAUGACGACGAAGAGAUACCCGAAGAGGACACCAUUCCUUACGAAGAUGAUCCAGAAGACGACGAAGGUCCCGGCCCCUCCCUUACCAUUGGCCGACAAUCCACCCAAGAAGACGAUUCCAGAUCUCCAUUGCUACAACAGCAGACAGGGACCGGGUCGCGCGACACCAGAGCCUCCUACGACGAUAGCGACCCAGUAAAGAUCACUUCUGAAGAUCUGACCGAGAUGGGCCUGGAUAUCUGGAGCACAGCUGACCGUCUGUUUGUCGAGGAACUGGUUCACCUGUGGUGGGGUCGGAAGGCACGUGUGGACAGUGCGAGGAUCAGAUGUUGCGGUAUUUCCAUCAUAUAA